AUGAGUCCGGUGCAGAAGAACCCCGCUGGCCCCCACAGAGUCCCAACCUCAACCCCAUCGAACACCCCCAGGACGAACCAGAACAGAAACCGUGAGCCAGCCAACCAGCCAGCUCCCCAUCCAAUACCAGUGCCCAACCCCACAAACACUCCACUUCAUGAAUGGGCAAAGACCCACAGAAACACCACAAAAUGCCACAAAGAGAGGACCAACUCCACACCAAUGUCCAUGCACUUAGAAUGUGAUGUCACCAAAGUCCCCACUGGUGUAGUGGUCAGCAGUCUUCACUAUCUUGUCUUUUCCUUAUUUUUUUCUCUUUUCAGGGUUUUUAAGAAGACCAGUGGCAAUGGACAUAUUUGCUUGUACUUGGGGAAGAGAGAUUUUGUGGACAAUGUGGAUUCAGUGGAAGUAGUUGAUGGGGUUGUUAAAGUGGACCCUUCUGGUCUUAAUGGCAGAAAAGUGUUUGUCUACCUUGCCUGUGCCUUCCGCUAUGGAAGCGACGACUUGGACGUCAUGGGACUGUCCUUCAGGAGAGACAUUUGGAUCCAGCGUGUUCAGGUGUAUCCCCCUACAGGUGAAAACACAGCUAAAACACCAAUGCAGGAAUUCCUCCUGAAGAAAGUUGGAGAGCAAGGAUAUCCUUUUUCCUUCCAGUUGGCAACAGAUCUGCCAUGCUCGGUCUCCUUACAGCCAGGGCCAAAUGAUUCUGGCAAGGCUUGCGGCGUAGACUUUGAGGUUAAAGCAUACCUCGCCAACGCACCCAACAAUGUAGAUGAAGUCAUUGAAAAGAAGGACACAUGUCGUCUGAUGAUUCGCAAAAUACAGUUUGCACCAGCUAACAACAAGGCUGGACCCAAGGCUGAAAUAACCAAGCAGUUUAUGAUGACUGACAAACCCGUUCACCUGGAGGCCUCGCUUGAAAAAGAGAUUUAUUACCAUGGAGAUCCAAUCACUGUCAAAGUAAAGAUCAACAAUGAAACCACCAAGGUUGUGAAGAAAAUCAAAGUCACAGUUGAGCAGCUAACUAGUGUGGUCCUCUACUCAUCUGACACUUAUACCAAGGCAGUCUGCUCUGAGGAGUUUGGGGAAACAGUAAACUCCAACUCCACAUUUGAGAAGUCCUUCCAGGUAACUCCUCUCCUGUCCAGCAACAAAGAAAAGCGAGGUCUUUCAGUGGAUGGACGGCUAAAAGAUGAGGACACUCACCUAGCAUCCACUACCCUGUAAGCCACUCUUGGAGAAAAGGAGAUGCAGGGAAUCCUUGUCUCCUACAAAGUCAAGGUCAAUCUAAUGGUGUCUGGCGGAGGCUUGCUGGGUGGCCUGACAGGAAGCGACGUCACUGUGGAGCUUCCUCUGAUCCUGAUGUCCCCAAAACCCGCAGAAGUAAAAUUGGAGUAAAGGCCUCUUUAGUUCAGAGCAGACAUCUUGUUCGAGUGUGUGGAAGGCUGAUACAACCAGCGAAGGAAACUCACCUCCCUGACAAGAGAGCACAAAACACAAAGGAACUCAACGCCGGUGAAGAAAAGCACAAAGUGUCACCGAGUCUCUACAGUGUUGUUAUUUUACCUGUACAUAUAUGUUUUUAUUAGGCAUUACCACAAGAGCUAGAUCACUGGAAGAGCCUAAACUCUGUGUGAUAUUACUCUGAAUGCCAUCAUAGCAUUAAUGAAAAUACACAUGUAUUGUGCAUUUUCUUUGUCAAAGGGAACAUCCCAUAGUGUAGAGUGUAGACUUUUCUUUCCAUGUGUUAUGAAUACUAAACUUGCAGAGCUUCACAUACCCUUAAUGUUUACUGCUGUGUCAUUAGAGCCAUGUUAUGUUAUGACUGACUGUACAGCUGGAUGAAAAUCUCCAAAAUACUCCUGCUUGUCUGACUCUUUACUGACAAGAUAAGUAAAUAAACACAUUGUUU